AGUCGCUGCACGACCAUCCCCAGAUUUCAGCCUGUAAAUCCGUGUCUCGCUGGUCGCCACCCCAGUCUGGUUGGAGUCACCACACGAAAAGGAGUCGAUCUGAUCCAGUCUCGUCGACUGCGGCGACUGCCUGUCUCUCUUUCUUCUCUUGCUCUCUCCGGUUUCUCUCGUGUUUGCCUGGUCUCCUUUUCUCCUGCCUGGCUGUCAAUUCUUCGUCUCGCCUUUCCCCAGACUCUCCACUCCUCCUCCGACCAUGCUCCGUUCCGCUGGUGGGCAGACUUGCAAGGCGCUGAGGGCGGUGACUCAAUCACCAUCAUGCCGCCCUCGCGUCCUCAUCAGCACUCCCACCUCGUUGAAGACGAUCGCGGCUGUCAGCAGGGCCGCUGGCAUCAGGAAUCAAUCAACAUCGGCUAUCGCUGAGAACGCGGUUGUGAACCCUCGCGCGAAGCCUAGCCCCAGCUUCAAUGCUGAAACCAAGGCACGCGACCAUGUUCAGCCGCUGGUCAGCCCCCGCGAGAGUGACAUGGACGAAUCAUUUAUUGGCAAAACCGGUGGCGAGAUCUUCCACGAAAUGAUGCUGAGACAGAACGUAAAACACAUCUUCGGCUAUCCCGGCGGCGCUAUCCUACCCGUGUACGACGCAAUCUACAACUCCCCGCACAUCAACUUCGUCCUCCCCAAACAUGAGCAGGGCGCUGGCCACAUGGCCGAGGGUUACGCCCGCGCGUCAGGAAAGCCCGGUGUCGUGCUUGUCACUUCGGGGCCCGGAGCCACCAAUGUCGUCACCCCCAUGGCUGACGCCCUGGCCGAUGGUAUCCCCAUGGUUGUUUUCACCGGCCAGGUUGUCACCAGCGCCAUUGGCAGUGACGCCUUCCAGGAGGCCGAUGUCAUUGGAAUCUCCCGAUCCUGCACCAAGUGGAAUGUUAUGAUCAAGAGCGUAGGUGAGAUCCCUCGUAGGAUCAACGAGGCUUUCGAGAUUGCCACCAGCGGCCGCCCUGGCCCCGUCCUUGUCGAUCUUCCCAAGGACAUCACUGCCGGAGUCCUGAGGCGAGCCAUCCCCAUUGAGUCAUCGAUCCCGUCCAUGCCCAGCGCCGCCUCUCGCGCCGUUCAGGAGCUUUCGAGGCAGCAGCUUGAGAAGUCGAUCGACCGCGUUGCCGACCUGAUCAACAUCGCCAAGAAGCCCAUCAUCUAUGCCGGCCAUGGUAUCAUCUGCGCCGAGGAUGGUGUCGAGCUUCUCAAGGCACUGGCUGACAAGGCCUCCAUCCCCGUGACCACCACUCUUCACGGCCUGGGAGCCUUCGACGAGCUUGACGAGAAGUCGCUGCACAUGCUGGGCAUGCACGGCUCAGCCUAUGCCAACAUGUCUAUGCAGGAGGCAGACCUCAUCAUUGCCCUCGGCGGUCGUUUCGAUGACCGUGUCACCCUUAGCAUUCCCAAGUUUGCCCCCGCUGCCAAGGCUGCCGCCAAGGAGGGCCGUGGCGGAAUCGUUCACUUCGAAAUCCUGCCCAAGAACAUUAACAAGGUCAUCCAAGCUACCGAGGCCAUCGAGGGCGACGUGGGAGCCAACCUCAAGCUGCUCCUGCCCAAGGUCCAGCAAAAGUCGAUGGAGGACCGCAGUCAGUGGUUCGGGCAGAUCAAGGGCUGGAAGGAGAAGUGGCCCUUCUCCAACUACGAGAAGGCAGAGCGUACCGGACUGAUCAAGCCCCAGACCUUGAUCGAGGAGCUCAGCAACCUGACUGCCGACCGCAAGGACAAGACCAUCAUCACCACCGGCGUCGGCCAGCAUCAGAUGUGGGCGGCGCAGCACUUCAGGUGGCGCCACCCACGAACCAUGAUUAGCUCGGGCGGCCUGGGUACUAUGGGCUACGGCCUCCCAGCGGCCAUCGGCGCCAAGGUUGCGAGGCCCGACGCUCUUGUCAUUGAUAUUGACGGCGAUGCCUCCUUCAACAUGACCUUGACCGAGCUCUCGACGGCUGCGCAGUUCAACAUCGGCGUCAAGGUCAUUGUGCUCAACAACGAAGAGCAGGGCAUGGUGACGCAAUGGCAGAACCUGUUUUACGAGGACCGCUACUCGCACACGCACCAGCGGAAUCCCGACUUCAUGAAGCUCGCCGACGCCAUGGACGUACAGCACAGGCGCGUCUCGAAGCCUGACGAGGUUGUGGACGCGCUAAAGUGGCUCAUCGAGAGCGACGGCCCGGCCCUGCUCGAGGUUGUUACCGAUAAGAAGGUUCCCGUGCUCCCCAUGGUACCGACCGGACACGGACUGCACGAGUUCAUCACAUUUGAUGCUGAAAAGGAAAAGCAAAGGAGAGAGCUCAUGCGCGCCAGGACUAACGGCCUCCACGGUUAAUCGUCCGACCAUCCUCACACUUCCAUCGAUACCCAAAUCGGCCAUCUCAAGCCGCUUAUACCACGCACGCAAGCAUUCACAAUCCGCCCACCUUUGUCUGCAGCCCACUCUAGCGUACCUCCGAGAGAACACCGUGCCAAACCAUGAGAGCACAUGGUUGGAGCAACAAAAGCCAUUGCCUGCCCAUAAUAUCUAUGCCGUCUAGGAUCAAAAGUUUUGUUUGCCAUUUUGUCGGGAAAUGUAUUUAGAGGGAUAGCGAUUCACGCGACACAAAACAAAAAGAAACACAAAUUUCACAGUUGCGACGGCCAGCGACGGAACUGUGGUCGUUCAAAUACCACACCCGUCCUUAUGGCACUUCAUGACCCAC